UCAGCGCCUCCAUGCUGGUAUCCCGGAAAGCUCUCACCGCCGUCACCGCUACCGGGAGACAACUGACCAGGUGGUCAUGUCCUUUCACCAGGGUAAAGCAGCGGCCAGUACACUCUUCCUGCUCUCUGGGCCGUCAGGUCACUCUACAGGAAGUGAGCUCAUUGGAGGAGAAUGUGAAGAGCAGUCUGGACAAGACCUACACUCUGGAGCAGAGAGACGUCCUCCUGCGUUUAUUAAACUCUGCUUCAGAGAGCAAGCUGGAAUGUGUGAAGGAGUUGAAGGGAAAGACAGCGGCCAGCAUUGUGCAGUACCGUGAACAGUACGGCCCUUUCCCAGACCUGGCCUCCCUGCAGCAGCUUUCUUUCCAGCCCGCCUUUAUCCACAAACUUUGUCAAUCCAUGCUGAGCCUCCAUGACAGAACUGACCCCAAAAUUGUGGCCAAAUUUCUAAAGCCGGAUAUCCCUGUCUGUAGGCUGCAGCAGGCGGAGAGUAUUGUAUCCAUCGUCUUUGGAUUGAGAAAGCUGGCCUGGGCUCACGUUGACUGCACAAUGACAGUUCGAGAGUGGCAGCAGCGCGAAUGCUUCCAGUUCCCGAAGGGAAAACACCAGCCGGAAGUGUAUCUGGAAAAUAUCUCCUCGGUGGUCUCUGACAUCCCACGGGCAGAUUUUUACAUCCUGGAAAAGCAUGCCCUUUCCACUCAGAACAAUGUUCUCUUUCCCGUGGUGUUACAUUUGCACACAGUGGAAGCCAUGCUGUACUGUCUGUUGAACCCUCCAUUAACAGCGGAGCAGCGGGUGCUCACCAUGAACAAGAGAACGGUGGGGAAACACUUUGACAUCAUGCUGGGAAGUUUAAAGACUAGCGGAGUGGAAGCCGUACAAAAACUCAUAGCGGAGGCCAGCAUUGUACCCAAACCCCGCGUGGCCUUCACUCCAGAUCUUCUGCACCAAUACCACCAACACUUCCAGCCCCGAGGGCGGGUCCGCAACGAGGAGAUGUGUGACGCUUUACUGCAGGCUGUAACUGUCUAUGAUCUGGCUCUGUUCUAG